AUGGCCUGCCCCAAUCUUGACGGCAUGGAGUUAUUGGAUCUCCUCUUUGACGGGCAGGAUGGAGUCCUUCGCAACGUGGAGCUGGGAUCCUUAGAGGCCCCUUGGAUGGCACAAGAAGGCAGAGUUUUGCUGAACCCUCAAGACAAUGACGACUUCAUCAAAUCCAUCUUGGGAGCGGCAAACACUGUCCUAGAUUCUCCAAGCUGGUCUCCAGCUGCCAGUGACAGUGGCAUAUCUGAGGAUCCAAAUUCCGAUCAGCUGGACAGCCCUCCACAUUAUGUUCCCACUGGGAGCCCGGAGGCCUACUCUGAUGGAAGCUCAGCCAGUGACCUGGCCUACGCCCCCUGCCAGGACACCUGUCAAGCCUUACCUGCCCUAAAAGGACCAGCCGCUGAGCUGAGAGAGAUGGACGUAUCCAUAGACUUCAGUAUGUGGCCUGCUGGUUUUUAUGCAGAGGAGAGGCAAGUAACAGAUGCCACCCAUCAAAAUCCACCCUCCUGCAUGCUCACAAUUAAGAACCUCCUUCUUUCCAACAACUCUGAAAUGGCUGUCAACUCUGCAGCGAUGAGGCAGACCCCGGGGACUUGCCAGGAGCUGGUGCUGACCGAGGACGAGAAGAAACUGCUGACUAAGGAAGGGGUGACUCUUCCAACUCAGCUCCCUCUCACCAAGUAUGAGGAACGCAUUCUCAAGAAGAUCCGUAGAAAGAUCCGGAACAAACAAUCGGCUCAGGAAAGUCGCAAGAAACGGAAGGAAUACAUUGAUGGUUUAGAAAGCCGGAUGUCGGCUUGCACAACUCACAACCAGGAGCUCCAACGCAAAGUGGUUCACCUGGAGAAGCAGAACUUGUCUCUCCUGCAGCAGCUGAAGAAACUCCAGACCAUCGUGAUGCAGUCCAGCGGCAAGGCUGCCCAAACCAGCACCUGUGUGGCGGUCUUGCUGCUUUCCUUUGCUCUGAUCAUCUUCCCCUCCAUUGGCCCUUUCACCCGCAACAAGGCCGAGACCGGGGGUGACUUUGUACCUGUGCGAGUUUUUUCUAGGUCCCUCAACAACGAUGCAUCCUCUAGAAUUGUCCACUCCCUGGGCAAGGAGGCCGAGCAGGGUGGCCAGGAAAGCCUCUGGAAGGAGCCCGCUCACAGCGAAGACCACGCGCCCAGCACCUUGAUCCGGGAUCUCUUGAGGCUUCAGAAGGAGGGCAACCACACGGAAGUCUUCCCGGAAGGCAGACCUGCAUCUUUGGAUGGACUCAGGCCCGGUGUUCCCUACCCAAGCCCAAAUCUGACAUCAGUGGCUUGGACUGAAUCGGAGCAGCCUGGAAAGGGGGUCUCGGAACAGACAGAGGAGCUGUGA